AUGUUUGAGAAAUCGUCUUGGCAUCACAGAGCCAUGUUGACCGGAUCUAAUCCCAGAGUCUUGUCAUCAGGCGCCUACAGAUUUGUGCACAGGCAUCUUCCCCCAGGCUCUUAUGACCCUGAUAACAUACUUUUGGCACGCUUGGAUCGGACAACAAACUCCACGCCAGAAUUGGUCGAGGGUUCUCUCCUCGCGCUGCUGGAGAACACCUGUAAUCGCAUCGGCCACACCUGUGUGUCCAAACCUCGGCAUCACCUCCAGCACAUUCCGUGUAAAGGUUCUUCACAUAAACUUUUUUAUCGAGUACGGCGGUUCAACACGGGAAACGUUUACUUCUUAUUGCGGAGGAGACUUACACAGCACCUCCAGACCUCCUUAAAUCCACACCAUGAGUUGCCAGUGACCCCUCCAAAGGACCACUAUGAUUUAUCGCGGGUGAGGUUGCCCUGUCCGUCACUCACAACAGCAUGCGCUUCUUCAUAUGCCAGCUCUCCCACGUCACUUUCAACGUACUUACAUUUAGCAGGUGAGGAUAUCCACUGGUGGACCUUGCAAAAAACAUGCCCCGUCAAUCAUUCAUCAACAGUCACCUCGCAUCAAUGGGUUCUGGGUCAUCCUGAAUUAGGGCACUAUCCGUCCGAAAACUACCCUCACAGGCACUCUAAAACGGUGCGUGCGCGCAGUUUCCGGAGAUGUAGGUGCCCCAACUGCCAAAAGACUCCCGAGGAACCGGGCAGGAGAAAACACGUGUGUCACGUGCCGGGCUGCGGUAGAGUGUGAAGGCGCACCUGCAGCUGGAUGUUGUGCGGUAAGAGAUUUACGCGCUCGGAUGAGCUCCAGAGACACGUGCGCACGCACACCGGAGAGAAGCGCUUUGCAUGCCCUGACUGCACAAAACGUUUCAUGCGCAGCGAUCAUCGGGCCAAACAUGUGAAGACGCACCUAGAAGAAGAACUGGAUCACGUGACACUUCAUGUUGGAAUUAAUUUUGAACAAAACAACAGUCAACACAGGCUGUUUAAUAUGAACUUUUAUAAGCACUUACUUGUAGUAUGCUAUACAAUAAAAAACUCAAAUUGGCAUUUAACUUGUUUCUUUAAAUGACGUGUUGUGCUUCUUAAAUUAACCAUGGUUUUAUUAUAGUACAAUCCCAAAUAGCAACACAUUCUGGGCCAAAACUGCAUGUCACACUUCAGGUUUAAUUCUGGCUCCAUUUUGUAACACCUUUGUGUGAAAAAGCAUUUGGCUGAGUUGUGGCAGGAGGCUAGCCAACCAAAAGCAAAAAGCACCUUUUUGGCUGAGUCCUGGUUUGAGUUUGGUCCACCAGAAAACUGAAAAUCUUUGGCUGAGAUCUGCUGAGUUUUGGUUGGCUAAAGAAUGAAUAAACACUUAAAAAGGGUUUUGUCAUGAAGGCAUGUAAAAAGUCUAAAUACAAAAACCCUU